AUGGUGAAGAAAAAGAGAAAAUUUUCCAGGUUUUUUGACAUAAGAAACACUGUUUUCUUUGAAAUUGCUAUUGGGAUCUCAUUCAAUACCAUCCUGCUUCUGUUCCACAUUCUCAUAUUCUUCCUCAAGCACAGGCCAAAGCCCCUAGACUUGACUGUCACACAGUUGGCUCUAAUCCAUCUGGUUAUGCUGGCGACCAUGAACUUCAUAGCUACAGAUACUUUUGAGUCUCAGGGUUGGGAGGAUGGCUUCACAUGUAAAUUGAUUAUCUAUGUGUACAGGUUGAUGAGGGCCCUCUCCAUCUGUACCACUUGCCUGCUGAGUGUCCUUCAGGCCAUCACCCUAAGCCCCAGAAACGUUUGCUUGGCAAAAUUCAAAUAUAAAUCUUCACAUCACUACCCAUAUUACCUUGGGAUUUUAUGGGUCUUGAAUAUGAUACUGAAUACUCGUUUCUUAAUCUCCAUUUGUGCCACCCCCAAUGUAACCUCAUACAAUCUCAUGUUUGUCACUGAAUCCUGCUCUCAGUGGCCCAUGAGUUACUUGUUCAGGUACAUAUUUUUUUCAUUAGUGAACAUUCAGGACAUCUCCUUCAUUGGACUGAUGGCUCUCUCAAGUGGAUACAUGGUAAAUCUCUUGUACAGGCAUAAGAGGCAAUUUCAACACCGUCACAGCACCAGGAGUUCUCCAAAAGCAUCUCCAGAAGAAAAGGCCACUCAGAGCAUCCUAAUGCUUAUGGUUUUCUUUAUGCUCAUGUACUUUUUGGACUGUGUUACUUUCUCAUCUCGUGCUAUACUGUGGAACAAUGACCCAAUUAAUAUUUGUGUCCACAUGCUUGUGGGCAAUGGUUAUGCCACAAUCUGUCCUUUUGUGCUAAUGAGCACUGAAAAACGAAUGAUUGAGUUCUUACCAUUCAGGUGGAAAAGACUAUAA